GGUUUGAGAAACCGUCUGCGAUCCAGCAGAGAGCGAUCAAACAGAUCAUCAAAGGACGAGACGUCAUCGCUCAGUCUCAGUCGGGAACAGGAAAGACGGCCACCUUCUGCGUGUCCGUGCUGCAGUGUCUCGACAUCCAGGUGAGGGAGACUCAAGCACUGAUCCUCGCUCCGACCAGAGAGCUGGCUGGACAGAUUCAGAAGGUGCUGCUGGCUUUGGGAGAUUACAUGAACGUCCAGUGCCACGCCUGCAUCGGAGGCACCAACGUUGGCGAGGACAUCAGGAAGCUGGACUACGGACAGCACGUGGUCGCGGGGACGCCCGGGCGUGUGUUUGAUAUGAUUCGUCGCAGGAGUCUGAGGACGAGGGCGAUCAAGAUGCUGGUCCUGGACGAGGCAGACGAGAUGCUCAACAAAGGUUUCAAGGAGCAGAUCUACGACGUGUAUCGUUACCUUCCCCCGGCCACUCAGGUGUGUCUGAUCAGCGCCACGCUGCCUCAUGAGAUCCUCGAGAUGACCAACAAGUUCAUGACGGACCCAAUCCGCAUCCUCGUCAAACGUGAUGAGCUCACUCUGGAGGGGAUCAAGCAGUUCUUUGUGGCGGUGGAGAGAGAGGAGUGGAAGUUUGACACUCUGUGUGAUCUGUACGACACUCUGACCAUCACACAGGCCGUCAUCUUCUGCAACACCAAGAGAAAGGUGGACUGGCUCACCGAGAAGAUGAGGGAGGCGAACUUCACGGUGUCGUCGAUGCACGGAGACAUGCCUCAGAAAGAGAGAGAGUCCAUCAUGAAGGAGUUCAGAUCAGGAGCCAGUCGGGUGCUGAUCUCCACGGACGUGUGGGCUCGAGGUCUGGACGUCCCCCAGGUGUCUCUGAUCAUAAACUACGACCUGCCCAACAACAGAGAGCUCUACAUCCACAGGAUUGGUCGGUCCGGUCGUUACGGGCGUAAGGGUGUGGCCAUCAACUUUGUGAAGAACGACGACAUCAGGAUCCUGCGUGACAUUGAGCAGUACUACUCCACUCAGAUCGACGAGAUGCCCAUGAACGUGGCUGACCUGAUCUGAUGUUCCCCCGAUGACCUCACACCGGAGCCCCGCCCCCCUUUUUACUCAGUUAUUGUCUGUCAGGAGCUUUUUGUUCUUUUAAUAGUUUGACGCGGAAUUUUCUUAUUUUGAUUGUUGAAGAGAAAACGACUCGACGUGUUUUUGUAAAUAAAGUUUUGGUUUCACCUCAA